CACCAUCUCGCAGGGUAUGCCGGACAUCCCCUCGCCCAGCGAAGAGCCAACACCCUUUGAUGCUCGCCUCUUUGAGCCUCCACCAUGGGUAAAGGAGCGCUUCGGCAGCGUGCCACCUCCAGCGAAGCCUGCAAGCACAGCCGAUAGCACAGACGAACACUUCGAGUCUGCAAGCGAAGGUGACCUGGGAAUUGAGGAAGACAUUGAAGGGUUGACACGCUUCUCGACCGAUGAGUUGAGGAAGCUGCUCACGCGUGCGACCACGCUAAAGGAAGCUGGAAACAAGCACUUCCUCGCCCAACCUCGGCGCCUGGAGGAGGCGGGCGAUUCGUACACGAGCGCGCUCGACUUUCUCCCCGACCUUCCUCCCCCACGUCCCUUCCAAGCCGCACCCGAGGCUCACAGCGGGCUGCAGGAAGUGACGGAGGCGGAGGCAGAAGCAAUCGAAGCCGAAAACGCGCGCGAGAAGGACACGGAGCGGGAGGAGAUAGAGCAGAGCAUCCGCGAGUGCACGAAGGCUGUGUAUGGUAAUCUAGGGGCCGUUUACGUGGCGCAGGAAGAGUGGAAGAAGGCCGUGGAAGUGUGCACCAAGGCUAUCAAGAUGGACCCGGGUUAUCUUAAGGCUGUCCAUCGGCGAGCGGUGGCCAACGACAAGCUGGGGACGUGGUCCUCGCUGACAAGUGCUCAGGAAGACUACAGUACUCUUGUCUCUAGCCUCCCUCCCUCGUCGCCACAGCUCCGCGAGGCGAAGCGCGCCCUUGCAACGCUACCUGGUCGCAUCGCGGUGCAGCAGGAGAAGGAGAAGGACGAAAUGUUGGGCAAGCUCAAGGAUCUUGGCAACAGCUUGCUGGGCAAGUUUGGGCUGAGCACCGACAUGUUCAAGUUUGAUGAGCAGCCAGGUGGCGGUUAUAAUCUGCGCUUUGAACAAUGAUGGGAUGGCCGAUCCCUCAUUCUGUGUGUAACUAUGAUACAUCGUGAUAUGCUCAAGAUGCUCUAUCGCCUGU